UCUUCUUUUUCAGAUUUUCUCAGCAAACGAACGGGGAUAUUUAUGUCGCCUAAGUCUGAUCUGUUUAACACUGGGGCUGUCAACAAGCUCUGGUUUUUCACUCUCUCUUGUUGCUUCUGUUCCUUCUUCUUCUUUAACUUUUGGUCUCUUGAAAAGAGAAACCCACAGAGGUUUUUCAGAUUUUCUACCAGGACAAAAAGGCCUUCAAAGGCAAAUUUUGAAUCAAGAGAUGAAUUUUAGCAAAACAAAGGCGAAAAGAGAAGAAAAUUUGUUUUCAAUGAGGAAGCUUCGCAUAAUCUACCAUGAUCCUGAAGCCACAGACUCCUCAAGUGAAGAAGAAGAUGAUUGCCGUCACAGAAAAGCUCGUAAAUUUCCGGGUGCUAAGCGAUAUGUUGCAGAGAUUUCUCUUCCGGGUUUGCUACGAGAAGCCUGUAGAGAAAAUUCUUUGCAGCAUAAUGUUGUUGAAGGCAAAACUACUGAAGCUGGUGAUGGUACAGAGGUUGAAGAGAAUAAGAGAGCUCAUAAGUCAUCUACCAUAUAUAAAGGCGUGCGGCGGAGGCCUUGGGGGAAGUAUUCGGCAGAGAUCAGGGAUCCGUUCAGGCGGAUUCGAGUUUGGCUUGGAACUUAUACUACUGCAGAAGAGGCUGCAAUGGCUUAUCAGAACAAGAAGCGCGAGUUUGAGAAUAUGAUUGAAUUCAAGAAGAAUAAGAAUUUGUCGAUUGCAUCUACUGAAUCAACUCUAGCCUUAGAAGAUAGUAAGGAUCAGUUUUCACAUCCAUCGCCAUCAUCUGUGCUGGACGUAACAACUUCAGCUUCACUUACUAACCCGUUCGGCGAUCAAAUCAAAGAAGAGAAUGUCUAUGAAAAGUUUGUGAAAGAAUGCAACCUGGAGAAGGCUGCCAGAGGAGAAUUCUGUUAUGAAUAUGAGCAAUCUGUAUCAUAUCUGUUGGAAGUGCCAGAAUUAUCACAAAAAAUUGCCGAUGAUUUGGGAGAUUUCAGUUUCAAUGACAUAUUUAAGCGAGGCGAGGACGAUUAUGACCAAUUCUCUGCGGUGCAUAAUCAAAAUUACCUUGAAGAUUCCUGUGUGUUGGAAGAUUUGGGAAAUGGUGAGGUGAUUAAUAAUUUAUCUGACAUGGAGCCUAGUCUGGAGGACUUUGCUUGGGCCGACGGAGCUCUGAAUAUUUCAUGCUGAUAAAUUUUUGCAGUUAGGAAUAUGAUUUUACUAUAUGUUAAUAAAAUCUUAAGAACAAGAUGCUUUGAAGUUCUUGAGAGUUUUGUCAAAUUUGUCGAGGAGAGUUUCUCUCGUUGGAGCCUCUGAGAUUUUGCAAGUCCUUGUACCUGAAUGAUAACUUAUGAUAUAAACUUUUGCUAUUUUCUUAA